AUGUCGGUGCCCUCGGGUGCCUGGGAGGAACUGCGCCGCGAGGCUCGGAAGCUGGAGACGGAGAUCGACGGCAAGCUCGCGACGCUUCAGAGGGCGGUGAGCACGGCCGGCGUCGACGUCAGCGACGCGCUCCUCGCGGGCGACUCCCUCGACGCGCAGACUGCGGACCUCGAUGCGCUGCUGCAGAGACUGGCGGACGUGAGCACCGCGAUGGCGGGGGCGGUGAAGGGCGGCGUCGGGGAUACGCGCGCGCACACGCUCGCCAGGCACAAGGACAUCCUCGCCGAGUACCAGCACGAGCUCAGGCGCGCCAAGAACGCGGUGCAGCAGAGCAGGGAGAGCGCCGAACUCCUGGGCGGCGGGCGCGCGGGCGGCGGGCUGAGCUCGUCCGAUCACUUUGGGGACUCCAGCGCGGGGUCGCAGCUGAUGCGCGAGCGGGGAACGAUCAUGAGCGGCACGUCCAAGGUGGACGACGUCAUCGGGCAGGCGCAGGCGACCGCGGCGGCGCUGGUGAAUCAACGGGAAAUCUUCCAGAACGUCAACCGUAACCUGGACGCCAUCGGGUCGAGGUUCCCGAUGGUGAACAAUCUUCUGCAAGCCAUCCGGAGGAAACGGAGCAAGGAUACCAUGGUGCUGGCGACGGUCGUCGCGAUAUGCACCGCGUUCACGCUCAUAUACUGGCUCUCGAAGUAG